AUGGAUUGGCUGGCUCAUUACGAGGCAAAUACAGAAUUAUAUGUCGAUGCACAGCGUCGAUGGCCAAGUCGACGAAGUCGACCGGGCGGAAAAUGGAUCUUAGCAUCUUUUGAUGACGAAUCAGUUAUAGUUUACCAAGCUUAUAAUGAUGAUAUUGCAAAAUAUGCAUGUGAAAAUGGUCGCUUCGCUGGAUGCCUAACUUAUAACGAAAAACGAAUGACUUGGAUUAAAACAAGUUUUCUAUGGAUGAUGUAUCGAUCAAAUUGGGCAUCACGUCCAAAUCAACAACAUAUUUUAGCUAUUUGGCUGCGUCGUUCAGCAUUUGAUAGUUAUCUUGCUCGAUCUAAUAAUUCAGAUACUGAUGAGUUACCUUCGGAUUCAGCUGUACGUCUAAAAGGCCGGGUUCGUUUACAAUGGGAUCCUGAUCAUGAUCCACAAGGUGAACCAACCAUUGGUCGUCGAGCAAUUCAAUUAGGUUUAAGACAAGUGGAGAGCUUUCUCGAUGGUCGUGAUAUUAUUCGUAUUGUUGAUAUUAGUUCAUUCGUUCGAAAUCAAUAUACGAACGCUGUUUUACCAAAACGACGCCGCGGUCAUGAUCAGAUUGAUCAACUUCGUAUUCCUGUUGUCAAUAUCUAUGAACCUGAAGACGAACGAAUUCGGCGACAUAUUCAAUUAGAUUUGGUGGAAAUGACAAACAACGUUAACAUUUUUGAAUAA